GUCGCCUACGCCGCGCUGGCCGGGCCCGAGGAGGGGGCGGCCGCGGCAGUGUCGGCGGUCGAGGCUUUCAAGGAGGACUGGGCCGACGUGGUGCGCAGCCAUGCAGUGCGAGGCAUGGAGAGGCGCCUGGACUCCCUCGCGUACGAGCGGCAGAAGAGCGGCCUGCCCUCCGCGGUCGGCGAGCCGCGCGCCGUGCGCGAGGAGGCCGCCCUGCUCGCGCUCCUGUGCGAGGUACUCGGGGACUGCCGCGUGCGCCUCGAGGAGCACACGAGGGAGCUCGUGGGGACCCUUCGGGCGCUCCGCCUCGACGCCGCCGCCGCCGCGCUCGCCGCCGCGCUCGCGGCGCCGGCGCCGCGCUCGCGGCGCCGGCGCCGUGGCGGCCGUGGCGGCGGCGGCGGUCGUGGUGGCCGCGACGGCAGCGACGGCCGGGGCGGCGGCUGCGGCGGCGGUGGUGCGGCGGAGCCCGCCGCCGAGGGCGCGGAGCCCGCCGCAGAGCCCGCAGAGCCCGGGCCUUGCGGCGGCGACUGCGACGAGGCCGCCACCAGCGAGGCCGCGGAGCCUCGGCCCAGCAGCGCCGACUGCGAGGCCGCGGUGUGCGCCCUCGUGAGCAAGGCCAUCCCGCGCGUGGCGGCCCAGAUGCGGAGUGCCUCGCGCGAGCUCCCCGGCGCGCUGCCAGCCUACAUGCCCGAGGAGUGCAGCAGCUCCGGCGAGUGCGGCGAGUGGGUCAACACCGUGCUCGCCACGGCACCGCACCUAAGCGUGGAGGGCCUGAGGGAGGCGCUGACGAUCUUCGACCGCGGCAUCGAGAACCUCCAGCAGGCGAAGGCUUUGGACAAGAUGAUAGCCAGCACAUGCGCCGCGGGGGGCGUUUUCAUGGACAUGCCGCACCUGGCCGCCGCCAGGACCAUGAGGGCUCAGAUCUCGCAGCAGCAGCAGAUCCUCCAGUACCAGCUGUGGCAGCUGCGCGCGACCAAGCCCGCGGGCACCAGCUCCGCCUCCCGCAGCCAGGAGGCCGGGGACCUGGUGCAGCGCAUGUCCCAGCUGCGGCAGAAGGCCGACCAGCCCGUGGCCCAGCCCGCGUCGCAGCAGGCCCGGCGCCCCGGGCCGGGCCAGCAGUGGGGGGACCGCGCACCGCAGCGCAAGGGCCCCGCCCCCCGGGGCGGCGGCGGCGCCGGCUCCGCGCACGCGGGCAGGCCCGAGGGCGCUGCGCCCAGGCCGCCCAUGAGCGAGACGACCGAGGACUCCCUGAGGGAGAUGCAGCCUGAGGGCGAGAGGCGACCCGCGUACACCCUCUCGUCUUGCCUGCAGCUGCUCUCCACCGAGGACCCCAGCUGCCUGAUGAUCGUGCGGCGCAUCAACAAGCUGGGCUUCAAGGUCGGGCGCAAGCUGAAGAAGCACUUCUCCGCCUACGGCUCGGUCGUCCGCGUGCUGGUCGCGCAUUCCACGGUGGCCCAGGGCGGCAGCGACAAGGCACUGCGGCAACGGCCCAGCAGCCUCGGCUUCGUCCACAUGUCCACCCCGGCGGCGACGCAGGCGAUCCUGGCGGUGGGCUCCGAGCAGGACGUGGAGGGCGUGACGAUCUCCGUGCAGCGCUUCGAGCGCUCCUCCUGCGAGGGGCAGGACCUCGAGGGCGCCUCCGUGAAGGACCGCCAGUCGAGCGACGCGGGCACCUCGGCGGCCACCACCGGGGCCGCCUCCUCCCGGGGCAUGGGCUCGUCGCAGGCGGACUCCGAGGAGAAGGGGGACACUUCGGAGAAGGCGGACUCGUCGGAGAAGGCGGACUCGGUCGAGAAGGCGGACUCGUCGGAGAAGGCGGACUCGUCGGAGAAGGCGGACUCGUCGGAGAAGGCGGACGACUCGUCGGAGAAGGCGGACUCGGAGGGGAAGGGAGACUCGGAGGAGAAGGCCUACUCGGACGAGAAGGCGGACUCGGAGGGAAAGGCGGAGUCGGAAGAGUAAGGCGGCUUCGUCUCGCCUGGGACGUGCGCCCGUGCUGGCGAUGUAGACCUCUCUCAGUACCGCAGCCGGUGGAUAUUUUGCCCGCACGCUGCAAUGAUCUCGCUUUACUCACGACGGCAAGGAGCUCUCAGCGCUGCGGCGCUGGCCACCGAAUUCCUCGGCCCAAACCUCGUUCGAUGUGGUGUCCUUCCAUGCUCUGUUUGAGCUGCAUCGCCGAAUAGGCGUUCCUCCCUGCCUCUUGGUGAUCAAUUUUCCUGCCGAGCACAGCGGCUUGCAUGCCGAGGUGCCAGUUUCAAAAGAGGCGUAGAGGAUGCAGACGAACAGCGAGAUGGUCAGUGAGCCAUUUCGACACUCAAAGGCAGCUGACUGCCACAACUUUUUCAGAUGCCCUUAGGAGUGGGGGUCAUCACCAUCAUUGCCAUCACCAUACUCUUCAUCUUACCCAUCAUCAGCAACACAGUGUAUGGUGGGUUGGUUAAAUAGGUACUGCAAUGCACAAUAUGCCUCCGUGGUGUAUGCCAGGUGGCCGAGUCCGUUGCUAAGUGGGCUAGCUUUUUAACUCGCUGGUUCUGAAGGGCAGGCACUUUUACAUCAGGAUCGAUCGUGUCCUGAGCCUGACCCAGAAGAGCUGGCACCCCGUUUUUUUGGGGAGCUAGUCUGCAGCGGGCACCGCCAUUUGGAGCACCCUGAACACUCUGCAGAAUCAGCCUUGCCUGCUACGCGCAUGCGGGCGGGCUUUUCGAACUUUCGAACCCAGGCCGCUUGGGUCAAGUGGCUGUUCCUUAUCGCCAAGCUGGAGCACUUCUCAUCUGUCGCAGAUUCUUUAACUUUUUGGAACGCACCCCCGUCCAUGCCCUCCUGCUCUUCCGCAAUCCAAAGGUUUGAUUCCUUUGUGGCGCUGCCGGUCUGACCAUGUCUGCCACGCCAGUCCCCCCCCCCUUCUGUGCGUCGCUUAUCUGACAGUGGAUCCGCGGCUUCUGAUUUGCGCUUCUGUGAGGGCUUUCCGGCGGUCAGCUCGCUCGGAA